AUGGCUGUCACUGUGCAAGAGUGCCUGGAGCUCCAGCUGCUGGAAGUGGAAAUGCUCCUUUCAAUGUUCCCCAAAAAAGGUGAAAUAAAUCUGGAUGAGGAUGCUGUGCCCGGCGUGCAGCGCUACCUGAGAAAUGCUGAUGGAGCUCUGCCCCCACGGCUUGAAUACUCAAUCGCUAUUGAUGUAGGGGAGGCAAAGGUAAAAGUGGAUUUGCAGGUACUGCUGCCUCAUAUGUAUCCUCAUGUAGCUCCUCAGCUUUUUGCAAGAUCACAUGCACUGCACAGACAGCAACAGUUGCAGCUCAACACUCGACUCGCUUCUCACAUCAGCUCUUUAGAUUCAGGUGAACUGUGUGUAUAUGAAGCUGUGCAAUGGGUGAAAGAAAACAGCCUGCCUUACUUGGAAAACAGUAAGAUCUCUUCUGAAAGUGCUUCAAAAGAAGUCGUAGUUAAAGAAACAUUGCAUCGCAUGUGGAUCUACAGCCAUCAUAUAUAUAGGCAGGAAUUGAGGAAAAAGAUUUUUGACUGUGCAAAGAAGUUAAAUCUGACCGGCUUCUGCCUAACAGGGAAACCUGGUGUGAUCUGUGUAGAGGGACUCCGAGAAAACUGUGAAGGGUUUUGGCGUGCUAUUAGGUAUCCCAACUGGAAGCAUAUUUCAUGCAAGCAUGUGGAGAAUGUAGAAACGGAGGGAAGCAUCGAUAAUCUUCGUCUCUUUCGGGCUUUUGAAGACCUACAGCUGCAGGCACAUGGCGAUUAUGGCCUGAGGAACGACUAUCACAUGGAUCUUGGCCAGUUCUUAGAAUUCCUGAAACAACAUCAAAGUGGACAUAUCUUUCAGAUUUUAUUCGGUGUCGAAGGCAAACUUCCAGACAAAUAAGAGAAACUGUGCAAGGAGUUCUAAUUUUGGACAGCAAGAGAUGACGCUAACAUUGAAAUAUUGUGCCUUAUAGCUACUGUGAAAAGGGAAACUGUUUAACACACGAGAACAACAGUUCAAGUAGUUAAUCUAUCUUAGCUUCUGUUCUGAAUUUUGGGAGGUGUUUACUUAUUUUCCGAGACCCUAAAAGUGGCAUUUGUCACUAUGAGCCACGCCUCAAAGUGCUUGCAAGGUGCUAAACAUCCCACGCUGUAGUAUCCUGAAUUACACUCUUCUGUCUCCU